AUGUCUUGUAACUAUCGAGGCAGUUUUCUAGAAUCGGAUGAGUUCUAUGCAACUUCUUUACAUAUUUUAUCAAUUUUACAAGCUCCAAUUCACAUUUUUGGUAUUUAUAUCAUUUUGAAAAAUACUCCAAAAUCUAUGGAAAAAGUGAAAUUCUCGAUUCUUCUGUUGCAUUUGAUAUGUGCUUGGUGUGAUUUUUUCGUUUCAAUCAUAUCCACUCCCGUUUUUCUAUUUCCUGCCAGUGCUGGAUACGUAUUGGGCAUACUGUACUAUGUUAUGGCCACAUGGCUUCUCUGUUACAUGGGAUUUGUUUCGAUAGGUUUCGUCGGCCCCGUCACUAAUGUUGGUAUUCGAGAACCGUUAUAA